UUGAAAAGUUUUUCAAGGAUGCCGAUGUCUAUCAAGUUUCUGAUGAAGAACAAUCCAAAGAACCUCUGAUGGCACGACAAUCAGAAAAAGAAACUCUAAUCUUGUCAUCAUUUGAUAGUGCUGCUCAACCCAGGGAAAGGGAAGAUGAAAGGUCUUCCUUUAGCCUUGGGAUAAGUCCACCAGCAUCUCAACCAACUCAGCCCUCUGAAGAGAGUGAUUCACAGCUUGACAUCCUAGCAGAGGUGGUGGUAGAGGCUGGAGUGGAAGCAGCAUUAAAAUUUGCUGAAGGAACAUCUUCAGAACCAACCAUACAAGCAGCUCAAACAAAAGAUGGUACCAAUGAAUAUGAACGAUUAUUUGUCUUAAAACAUGAGGGACUCUACGUGGGAUUAAGAGAAUAUUUCAGGUCUCUAAAGCCCGAAGAACAAGUGCAUGCCGUGUAUGUCUCAUAA